GUUGACAAGGUACGAUAGAAUGAGACGGCACUGAGUCAUUUUGCCAUUCAGAAAUCAUUUACAUUCCAUCACAACUUCCAAUUGUUAGAAGGUUUGGUGUGUAUUCCCUCGAAUAAAUAACAACCAUCCUCUCUGACAUCAGCAUUUCACCGCGGACUGAUUGUGACUCUUUCGAUUGGUAAAAGGCACCGAAUCACGACUCCCUCACGAAUAAUUUCCCGGAGUUUCUUUCAGUAAUCUAUUACCGCUUCAGUGAUUUUUCAACUCAAUUCCUCAAUCAGUAAACAUGCCUUCUCGAGCGGAUAUCACCUACUUCGGCGCUGGCCCAGCACUCCUGCCAACGAACGUCUUGGAAAAAGCCGCGGAGUCACUGGUAAACUACAAUGACACCGGCCUAGGUCUAGCAGAACAUUCUCAUCGCUCCGAGAUUGCUACAAAAGUCCUCAACGAAGCAAAGGCGGAUCUCGCCACAUUCCUCGACAUCCCAGAUGACUACGAAGUCCUUUUCAUGCAGGGAGGUGGCAGUGGAGAGUUCUCCGCAACGGUAUAUAACCUAGUCGGCGUCUGGGUCGAGCGGAGGAAGCAAAAGAUCUUGAAGGAGCUGGGUAUCAAAGACGGAAAAGACAUCCCAGAGGAUGUCAUUUUGAAGGAAUUAGAGAAGGCUGUUCAAGAAGAACUUAAAAUCGACUACCUGGUUACUGGAUCUUGGUCCCUGAAGGCUAGCCAGGAGGCAGCUAGAUUGGUUGGCCCUGAAUUUGUCAAUGUGGUUGCAGAUGGGAGAAAAGUGAACGAUGGGAAGUUCGGGAAGAUUCCCGAGGAGUCUUCAUGGAAGUUAUCCAAGAACCCAGCUAUGGUCUACUACUGCGACAACGAGACGGUCGAUGGUGUGGAGUUCCCUGGCUUCCCUGAAGUUCUGAAGCCAAAGGGAAAUGACGAUGAUCUAAUUGUGGUUGCGGACAUGUCUUCAAAUAUCCUCUCUCGCCGGAUACCCAUCAAGAAUUUCUCGGUGAUCUUCUUCGGGGCACAGAAGAAUCUUGGAAGCACUGGUAUUACAGUCGUGAUAAUCAAGAAGAGUCUCCUUCCUCCAGCUGUGGCAACACCUCCUCCAACGCUACUCAGAAAACUUGGUCUACCGAUUGGUCCGAUUGUCCUGUCCUACGAGACGAUCGCCAAGAACAACAGCUUGUACAACACUUUGAGCAUAUUCGACGUGUACAUUGCUGGCCAAGUCCUGAAGAAUUCUCUCGCCAACUUCCCCAACAAAGUCGACGACCAAGAGAAGAUCGCAAAUGAGAAAGCGAAGGCUAUUUACGAAGCACUCGAGAGGUACCCAGAGUCAUACAAGAUCGUACCAGACAAGAGCGCUCGAUCAAGGAUGAACAUCUGCUUCAGAGUCACUCAUGUAUGGACCUUGCACAACAUAUCAUUUUCUUAAGAAUGUGUUUACUGACUUUCGCUUAGCUCGAAAGCGGUGUCGAUGACUCAGAGAAGGCCUUCUUGAAAAGUGCUACUGAGCAAGGUCUCACCGGCUUGAAGGGUCAUCGAAGUGUUGGCGGUAUUCGUGCGAGCAACUACAACUCGAUAUCCGUUGAAGGAGCGAAGAAGUUGGCAGCCUUUAUUGAAAGUUUUGCUAAGAGCCCGAAAUAGGGGACUGCUGGUGGGAGUAGCUUGUAUUAAUGUUUCUUUGGUAUAUCAAAAGUGAAGCAUACAUUUUGUUAGGACUGUUUGACGAUGUUAAGGGAAGGCAAGCCUCAACAGCAUGGUCUAUGUUAUGGCGAAGACAAAAAUUCAACAUCACUACUUUCAAU